AUGAAUCAAUCGGCGAUGGCUGAGGAGCCACAGUGUCACAUAAUGGAUAAAAACAUAGAUUUCCACAUCGUCCAGUUGUUUGAGCGGUUGGAAACGCUGCGAAAGGAUCCCGGUCCCAAGUUAUCGCUCUCCGUGCAGGGACGCGCCAACAUGCACAAGGAACUACGUACGCUGGAGCUUUGGAGAUCGGUCACGUCGGAGUGUUUGGCAUCGUUCUUCUACGUGUUCGUCGUGUGCGGUGCAGCUGCCGGUGCUGGCGUUGGUGCGAGCGUUUCCUCACUACUGCUGGCCACAUCGCUUGCCUCCGGCCUGAUCGUCAUCGUACUGACGCAGUGCUUUCUGCACGUCUCAGGUGCACAUAUAAAUCCAGCUGUCACCAUGGCCCUGGCGGUGACGCGAAAGAUAUCAGCGCUCCGUGCCAUCUUCUACAUAACGGCCCAGUGCGGUGGAUCGAUUGCCGGUGCUGCCAUGCUGUACGGCGUAACAGUUCCGGGUUAUCAGGGUAAUCUUCAGGCAGCUGUUUCGCACAGUGCACAACUUGCACCCUGGGAGCGGUUCGGGGUCGAAUUUAUCCUGACGUUUAUCGUCGUCCUGGCGUACCUCAUCUCGACCUGUUCCUUCAAGAAGUACUUCGGUUCGUCCGCGAUCGUCAUCGGUGCGGCGUACAGUGCGUGCAGCUUCGUUUCGAUGCCCUAUCUUAAUCCAGCCCGUUCCUUGGGUCCAUCGUUUGUGCUGAAUAAAUGGGACAACCAUUGGGUGUACUGGAUUGGGCCGUUCUUUGGCGGCAUUAUUGCCGGACUGAUACAUCAGUUUGUGUUCACUCCGAAGCAGAAAUCGAAAAGCAAGUCGAAGAGUGCCAAUAGCUCGAGUGUCUCUGCGGUCGCAGCCGACGAACCCAACAACUACACGGUGGACGUGAGCAAGAUGGCGGCAACGCAAGGCAUCGUUGGAAAGUUCCAAAACGCGCGUCAUCAUAGUGGUACCUUGCCGUCGCGCUUCUGCCAUAGUAUGUACGCGAGUAGCGAUCAGCCGACAAUUAAGAUUGAGCCUCUGGAACCUAUCUACGGUGCCGCUAGCAAGUCCAUGUUUGGCAAGUCUCCUCAGAUGUCUCGUUCGAACCUGAAUCGCUCGCAGUCGGUGUAUGCGAAGAGUAACACCGCUCUGCAUCAGGAGAUCCCGGCCACGGUUGCUGCUACGGCUACACUGCGCCCUGGUGUAUUGGUUCCAGCACAAAGUCUCUAUCCACUGCGCGUGACCCAGCAACAGCAACAGCAGCCCCAUGUCCACACACAAAACCAGAACGUACAGAACCAGCUGCACCAGCGGUCGGAGAGUAUCUACGGGCUUCGCAAUACGGUUCGACAGCAGCAACAAUUGGCGGAGCAUCUGACCCAGCAACUAGCACCCCGACCGAGCCACUCGGAAGCAGGACAAGCGUUUCAGCCUAUCUACUCCGUACGGAAUAAUCCCAGCUGCUCCGCGGACGCAUUGCGGGAUGUUCACGAACAGGCCGGCUGCGACAAGGUAAUCAACACGCUAGCCCGCACCGAGCGGCCAGAGUCCGUGUACGCCGCCACGCGGCGCAUCCAUUCGACACAUUCGGACGACAGCUCGUACGGGUCGUACCAUGGAAAUGGACAGGGUAAUACACCGCCUACGCGUGACCAUCAGCACGGUGCUUACGGUGGACCGUUGCUGCAUCCGGCGUCAAGCUCUCGCACGCUGCCACACCCGCACGGCCACCGGGGAGUCGUCAUACACGAUCCUAGCAUGCCGCCUCCACCACCGCCGCUUAUGAGCUGCAGCUAA